GUGUUACAAUGGCAUCGGAAAGUGUGCUAUCAAACGGUUUGAAUGAAACUGAAACGAUGGAUGUCAGUGUUAAGGUUGAUGAACCUUCAAAAAAGGGGAAGGAGAAGUCUGGCAAGAAAAAGAAGGAAAAAAAGGAAGAAGAACCUCUUAUUGGAAUCCUUGAAUAUUAUCGAUAUGCAACAGCAGUUGACUGGCUUUUGAUUUUAACUGGAUUCCUGUUUGCGAUGUUCAAAGGCUUUUCCUGGCCUGGAAUCAUGAUUAUUUUUGGUGAAAUGAUUGAAAACUUAGGAUCGAAUUCUGAAGCUAUGGAGAAUGAUCCAAAUAUUAAUAUACAAAAAGAAAUGUUAACGUUCGCAUUAUGGUACAUUGGCCUGGGCCUGUUCCAGGUAUUGGCUGGAUAUGUCGCCACAGCAUUUUUAAACAUUUCUGCGGAGAGGCAAGCGUCCAGAGUGCGUAAAGCGUAUUUCAGAGCAAUGCUGAGACAAGAGGUGGGAUGGUAUGAUACGGUAUCAAGUGGUGAACUUACUACAAGACUCCAGGGGGAUAUAGAGAUGAUAAGAGACGGUCUGUCAGACAAAUCAGGCCUAUUUGUCACUUGGACCUUCUGUUUUUUAAGUGGUAUUGCGAUUGCUUUCUCCUACUCCUGGCGACUAUCCCUGGUUAUAAUGUCUGUCGCACCUAUCAUGGGUGUUCUUAGUGCUAUUUUUGCUAAGGUCCUGGCGGGUUUCACAGCAAAAGAGCAGACUGCUUACGCUGCAGCUGGGGCUGUUGCAGAGGAAGUUAUCGGGGGUAUUAGGACUGUGGUUGCUUUUGGGGGCGAGAAAACAGAGGUUCAGAGGUAUAAGGGAAAGUUAGACACAACAGUGGAAACUGGAAAGAAAAACACACUAGUUUAUGCCUUAUCUCUUGCCUCAGUUAAUGGUCUCAUGUUUUUGAUGUACGCACUGGCAUUUUGGUACGGAGCUAAGCUAACAGGGGAGGGGACCACUAAACCAGCUGAUGUUCUAGUUGCUUUCUUUAACGUCCUGAUUGGAGCAUGGGGGAUGGGCUUCGCUGCUCCGCAGUGGAAGAUAAUGACUGUAGGGCGUGGGGCUGCUUGUAAAGUAUUCGCUACUAUUGAUAGGGAAUCAAAGAUAGACCACGAGGAGGAGGGAGGGGAGACGAUACCAGGAUUGGAGGGGAGAAUAGAGUUUAAAAACUGUAAUUUUAGCUAUCCUUCCCGAUCUGAUAUUACGAUAAUGAAGGAUUUCAACUUAGUACUAGAGCCUGGCAAAACACACGCUCUCGUUGGUCAAAGCGGGUGUGGUAAAAGUACUGCUGUGGCUAUUCUGGAGAGAUUCUACGAUGUUACUGAGGGAUCGGUUUUACUUGAUGGAGUGGAUAUAAAAAAGCUGAAUUUACAUUGGUUAAGAGAACAGAUCGGUUUAGUUGGACAGGAACCUGUGCUUUUCUCCACCUCUGUUGAGGAAAAUAUCCGUUACGGAAGGGAAGGUGUUAGUAAGGAGGAGAUAGUUGAAGCAGCUAAGAAAGCGUUCGCUCACGACUUUAUAACCCAGCUUCCAGAUGGCUACGAUACGUUAUGUGGCGAGAGAGGGAGUCAGAUGUCAGGAGGGCAAAAGCAGCGCAUAGCCAUUGCACGUGCACUAGUGCGCGACCCUAAGAUUCUCCUUCUUGAUGAGGCGACCAGUGCUCUCGAUAACAAAUCGGAGAAAAUAGUGCAACAGGCACUAGAUAAGGCUAGAGAAGGACGUACGACUCUGAUAAUAGCACAUCGUCUCUCAACAAUACGGGAUGUAGAUAAGAUAUACGCUUUAUCAGACGGAGCUGUAUUGGAGGAGGGGACACACGAGGAGCUGAUGAAGGUUACUGACGGACUAUACCGGGGUCUGGUUAACUACCAACAAGCUGUUCAGGAUGAAGAUGAGAAGGCUAUGACAGUUUCAGACAAGGUUGUAAGUAUAAUGACGGCGGAUGGAGUUGAGCUCCCCUCAACUCUACAGGAAAUAAAGGAUACAUUUAAUGGAAAAGUUGGAAGUCCUGUAAAAGAGUCCCGGUAUGUUUUGGACAUGCUUUCUGACGCUGAAGAAGAGCAGGUAAAAGUAGUGACUGACGAGAAAGUGGAAGAGAUCCCUGAGGAAGAAAUCAAACCAGCUACGUUUUUGGAGAUAUUAAACGAAUGUAAUCAUGCCGAGUACACUCUGAUGGGUUUGGGAAGUCUGGGUGCGGCAGCUAAUGGUGUUACUAUGCCUGUCUUCGCGGUCCUCUUUGCUGGUGUUAUUAAUGAUCUAGUAGAACUAGCCGUUGCUCAUCAAGCAGGAGAGGAUCCGGAUUUCAGUAAAACUGACAAAUGGGCCAUGUACUUUGCCUUCCUGGGAAUUGGGACUGCACUUGCUUUCUUCACCCAGACAUACUGUAUUGGACUUAUGAGCGAGAGUUUCACUCGAAGAUUAAGAGUCAGAUCUUUUAAAGCUAUUCUACGACAGAAUUUAGCGUUUUUCGACGACCCCGCCAACUCAAUCGGAGCCCUUACCACCAGACUAUCCACUGAAGCAAACGCUGUCAAGGAUGCCACAGGUUCACGUGUUGCUACCGUGAUCCAGGUUGUGGUUGGAAUGUCUGCCGCGCUUGUUAUAGCUUUUAUGACAGAGUGGAGAUUGGCUCUGGUAUGCCUGGGUUGUAUUCCCUUCAUCGUAAUUGGAGGUAUAAUUCAGAUGUGGCAGGUAACUGGAACUACCAAGGGAGUAGCUAAACUUUACGAAGCUUCAGGUAAAACAGCAGCUGAGUCAAUAGAGAACAUAAGGACAGUAGCCUCACUUGGUAUAGAGAACCUCUUCUAUAAACACUACUGUCAAGCGCUCAGAGCACCCAGGAGAGAAACGACCCGGAAAGCUCACGUAGUGGGUCUAUGUAUGGGUCUGAGUGAAGCGGCUACUUAUUUCACCUUCGCUGCUGUGUUUGGGUACGGUAGUGUUCUCAUUGCAGACGGGCUAACUAGCUUUGAGGAUGUUGUUAAAGUUUUCAGCGCUAUAAUAUUUUCCGGUAUGAUUGUGGGGGAAGCUAUGUCCUAUCUUGGUGAUUACACAAAAGCAACAGUGUCCGCUGCUAAGAUCUUCAAGCUCAUCUACAAUGUGCCUGCUAUUGACGCUAACUCUAGUGAUGGUUUGAAGGAGUUUGCAGUGGAGGGAAAGCUGAAAUUCUCAGAUGUGGUGUUCAACUACCCUACCAGACUUAACCAUCCUGUAUUGCAAGGACUCAGCUUAGAGGCACUCAGAGGACAGACAGUAGCUCUAGUAGGUCAGAGUGGGUGUGGCAAAAGUACAACAAUUCAACUUACUGAGAGAUUCUACGAUUCUCUCGGCGGAUCUGUGUUUUUGGACGAUAAAGAGUUGAAGCAAAUAAAUGUAUCGUAUCUUCGCAAACAAAUUGGACUUGUUUCGCAGGAGCCGAUUCUAUUUGAUACUUCGAUUGCAGAGAACAUAAUGUACGGCGAUCUUGAUCGUCAGAUCAGUGAAUCUGAGAUUAUUGAAGUUGCAAAGUCUGCUAACAUUCACGAGUUUGUUGACAAUCUUCCAGAGAAAUAUCAGACACGAGUAGGUGAGAAAGGGGGCCAGUUAUCAGGAGGUCAGAAACAGAGGAUUGCAAUAGCAAGAGCUCUGAUCAGGAACCCUAAGAUACUUCUGUUAGAUGAGGCUACCAGCGCACUCGACACUGAGAGUGAGAAGAUUGUUCAAGAAGCCCUGGAUAAAGCUAGGAAAGGAAGGACUUGUCUUGUGAUCGCGCACAGACUCUCUACCAUACACACUGCUGACAUGAUAUGUGUUAUAGAUGAAGGUAAAGUAGCAGAACAAGGUACACAUCAGGAGUUGAUGUUCCGACGGGGAAUGUACUAUGCGCUCAACUCUCAAAAUACCGAGGAUGCCGAGAGCUAACAUACUUUAAAGAGCUAACAUACUUCAAGAUUUAGAUUAAUGAGAUAUUAUUUGCUUGCUGUGCAGUUGGCUGGAGAGACUGGACUGUUGAGGAUUGCACUUGUUCUAGAGAGUGUAGAAAAAGAGAUUUGAGAUGUCUAGGAAAGCAGGAAAAUAGACGCAGUUGUCUGUAAGAGAUGUAACUUAAUGCAACUUAAUUUGUAUGGUACCUGCAACUUAAUUUGUAUGGUACCUGUUAUAGCAGGUAUUUACUUCUGGGCCACCCUGUAUGAUGAAUUUUAAUGAAUUUAUCGGAACCAAAAAUGUUGGCAAUAUUUUAUUGUAUAUCUAGUGCAACAGUUCAAUACUUAUGAUAAUAAUCCAGUUUCAAUUAAUUUCAAUUUUAACUCGACAAUUGUUUAAUCGUUAUUACCACAGAAAGACUGGUUGUAUAAAUUAUAAAAUUAAAAGUAGGAUUUUAUAACGUUGAACUUGUAUAGAUGUUGAAUGGAUUAUGUUUUUAUAUACUUGCUGUACAAUUUAAAAUUGACAAUGUACAUUUAUCAUGACUAUGAAAAAAUAUAGUUAGACUAUAAUGAUUCUGGUGUGAUGAUUUGUCAGUGUUAUUAACCACGGUACUAAUUAUAAGACAGGUGUUAGUUAAUGCAAGUACCGGGCAAUAAUCACCUUUCCCAUGUCAAUGAUAUUUAGUACUUUAUUUCCUCCAAGAAAUUAUUAAUUUAGAGCUCCUUUUGACUUGGCUAGAACUAUACAUGGGAGGCCCCGGUUAUACAAAGAGAGUCUAUCGAGCGCCUUAAAAUUUGCUUUUAGGGAAAUUCUUCAUGCUAAUUCGUAUUUCAUUCUUCAUGGUAUUGUGAAUUU